AUGAGGGGGAAAAAUAGGGUUGAGAGGGUUGACGUUGGGGACGUGAGAUGUGCAAGAGGGGGCGGAGAGAGAGAGAGACUCAGAGAGAAACGAAUAUCUGCGAAGAAGACAGGUGAUUAUUCGUCUCUCGAUCGAUCGAACUUUCAAGCCUCGGUUCAGCAUCUCCGUCGUCAAUCUGAUCACCAUUUUCCCAGACCCAUCUUGGACCUAGUACGAUCGAUUCAGGCUAUGGGUAUCGACAGUGUGAGAGUUGGUUAUAUUAUGAAGCCAUCUCGUGAAGAAGAUUUUGCGAAGAGAGGUGCAUUCCCCAAUUAUCCUACUCCAAAUGGGUUGAUAUUUAUGCCCAUUACAUUUGAGCUUCCUAUGUCAUCUCAGUUACAAGAAAUUGACAUAGUGCUCCAUAAAGCAACUGAUGAGAUUGUUUCCGUGGGAAUGAGCAGUUCUUCAGAAUUCUUUGACCAAAUAACGUACACAAAGGGUAUGCAGGAAUUGGAAAGGUACAUCGAACAUCACCCAGAUAUCUGUAUAGUUGACCCGCUUAACAACAUUUAUCCUGUAUUGGAUCGAUUAAAAAUCCAACAGAUUCUGCUUGGUUUGGAAAAUCUCAAUGUGGAAGGUCGCUGUAAAAUCAGGGCUCCCCUUUUUCUCAAGGUUGACAAUUUCGAGGCACCAAAUCUGGCGCAGAGGCUAGCAGAAGCUAAGCUUACUCCACCGAGUAUCGUGAAACCUCAAGUUGCUUGUGGUGUAGCUGAUGCUCACAGUAUGGCAAUUGUCUUCAGAUAUGAAGAUUACAACGGUCUGAGUGUACCUCUUCCAGCUGUUGUGCAGGAAUAUGUGGAUCACUCUUCGUCUAUUUUCAAAUUCUAUGUCUUGGGUGAGAAAGUUUUUUAUGCAGUUAAGAAAUCUACGCCUAAUGCAGAUAGCUUGAUGAAAUUCUCUGAGAAAAAAUAUGGACUCAAGCCUUUACUCUUUGACAGUUUGAAAUCUUUACCUACUUCCAAAGAAAACCAGCAUCAUGAAGAUGGGAACUGUCAGAAUGCCAAUCAUGAGAUUGAUAUUCAGUUGGUGACUGAUGCUGCAUGCUGGCUUCAAAGAAUGCUCAACCUUACCAUCUUUGGUUUCGAUGUUGUUAUUCAGGAGAACACUGGUGACCAUGUCAUUGUGGAUGUAAACUACCUUCCAUCGUUCAAGGAAGUUCCUGACGAUGUCGCGAUACCAGCAUUUUGGGAAGCUAUCAAGAGUAAGUACGAGUUGGAAAAAAAUAAAAUAACAUCGUCCUGCUCUUAAGUUAUAUAAAGUUAAGACAAAGGAGAAGAAGAAUUAGCUGUCUGGGUUAGAACACGUUUUGUAAUCUGUGUGUUCAAGGAUGUUGUUUUGCUUAAGUCGGACUUCUUCCUUAUUCGUGGAUAUGAACCAAUGCUUAUUUUGUUUGCAA